AUGCCCGGGACCCCCGCAGCUUCGAGGACCCCGGCCGGCCGGGCGCCCGCACCGUCAAAGCUCCCGAGAUUUCAGAAGGCCCGGCCCCCAACAAUUCGGACAAUGCUUCUGCCGGACGAUUAUGACGACCUGAACCCAAACGGGGCACUGCCAGAUCAACCCGCGUCAAACGAGGGUGACGGAGCUCGGAGUGUUGUGAGAGAUGUGUCGCCGGCCAAGAAGCGGGGGCCUCGUUCUGAAACCGGCCGACCAGAGGGCAGCAGCGGAACCCCGAGUAGAAAGAGUAUCAAAGGGAACGCUGUGGAAAACGGUGCGCCAAAGUCGAAGCUGGGACAGGCGGAGACGGCGCCCCAGAAGCGGACCAGUAAGACCCCGACGGCGGCGGCAGCUAGCGCGUAUGCAAGCCCGUAUCGUCAACCUAAAGAAAAGCCGAAAGAGAAGCCCCGGGGACCAAAAUCUGAGACCAGCCCGCUUUCAAAUACAAGCCCGAGGAGCCCCGUGUCUCCCGGCGCCUUUUCCCAGAAGUCGAACGGAACUGCAUACGAUGAACCAGAACGGAAGCGGAAUGGAACGGAAAACGGAACGGCGGGCCCUGAGUCAGCAAUCAAGGCGCAGGUCGCGGAGGCGCUGCACGUGCUGGACCACUUGGAGGCGCAUGCGGACGCGCUCGGGAGCCCGUCUGGAGCAUACGGAGCGUCCGAAAAAGCGUUUGGGGCGUCCGAAAAGUCGUUCGGUGCGUCAGAAAAGAAUUUCAACGCCAGUGGAAAGGCAAUAAAUGCGUCCGAAAAAGGGCACGGUGCUUCAGGCAGAGGGUUCGGGGCGUCCGAAAGUGUGGACGGGGUGAACGGUGUGAUGUCAUCUGGACGGGCUCCCAGAGGGGAGGUGAGGUCAGCACGGAGAGGAGGAGCGGCCGCAGCGUAUGCGAGCAGGGUGAAGAAGAAAGCAGAUGAGAAGAAGCAACUAGGGGCGAGGAAAGAUCAUGCGGUGCAGGUCGCUCGAGGAAUCAUGCGGAAGAUGUACAGGAAAAAUGUGGCCCUGGAGAAAGAGAACCGGGUCCUCAAGACGGAGCUGUAUGGACAGAAAAAGCGGGCCGGGGAGCUGGACUCGCCAAGGGGAGCGAUGCAGGAAAGGGACCGUACGAUCGCCCAGUUGAAGGAACUGAUCGGGGAGCUCCAGGCGCGGCUGCGCAAGCACGAGGAGCCUUCCACUCGGGGCCGAAAGCACACCGCAAAUCCCGCCGGGGAUCACGGGGAGAGCUACAAGAAGCUGCGCGCAGAUUACCAGCGGCUACUAACCACACGGAUAGACGCGGUCAAGAAGCGCGGGGGAGCAAAUGAAGAGGUCACCAAGAUGCUGUCCGACAUGCGGGAGCGACUGCUGCAAGAGACCGCGGAGCGCGAGACGGAGACCGCUCUGUUCAACGCGCGGCUGUACGAGACGGAGCAGCAAAACGCGGACUGGUACGUUGAGAAGAAGUUGCUGGAGCAGCACAUCAUGAAACUAGAGGGGGAGCUGCUCGAGCGGGACCAAAUCGACCAACAAAUUGAGGCGUGCAUCGGGUCGCUGUUCGAGCGGAUGCAGAUCCUGGAGCGCACCAACCAGGAGCUCAACGACAUGGCCGCGCACUACUCCCAGGUCGCCGAGGCGACCUCCCCAACCGCGGCCGCGGCCGCGGCCGCGCCAGGAUGA